AUGUUCAGGGUCAGCUACGGCAGUGCCAACACAUCCAAGCUGCUUCCGGCGCUCACCAACGUGCAGCAGAUCCAGGCUACCCUGGGCGCGUUCGCGGCCAUCCGAGGUGACGGAUCCGUGGUGACGUGGGGGCAUAAGAGCUAUGGUGGAGACAGCCAGCAAGUCCAAGCGAGCCUCAAGCAUGUGAAGCACAUCCAGGCGUCCGCCUUGGCCUUUGCCGCCAUACUCGAAGAUGAGACCGUGGUCACUUGGGGCGGUGAGAAGUUCGAAGACGACCUUGCUGAGGAGGGGGAGGAGGACGAGUUUUUGGAGGACGACCUGAUCCUGGAAGAUUCCGAAGAAGACUAUGAGGUCGAGGAGGAAGACGACGAAGAGGGCGAAGAGGAAGAUGAGGCAUGGCCAUCGCCGGCCUUUGCUGCGAGGAAGGCCCGUCGGACGCGCUAUUAA